AAGACGGCUUUGGAUCGUUUCAUGUCGCAGAUGAGGCGUCCUCCUCCUGCUCGCGAGAUAGACGCAACGGUUUGCAUAGAUAUGCUUUGCAAGGCAUGCAAUGGGGCAAGGCAUGGCAUUGCUAAAUUGUAUUUAUUUAUUUAUUUAUUUAUUUAUUCAUUUAUUUAUUUGAAGUUUCAGUCACUCAGCGCUCGGGUUCCGUACAGUCGGUCGUCUACAGGAAGGCUUUGGACGCUAUUCGUGUCAGUCUGUCCGGGUUGCCGGACGAGGUGAUUGUUCAGCUGCAGAUGGAAAUGCUCUUGUCCACGGCAUACUCGGCGAGCAUCGGAGGAUUCGGCACGCUCACGGGCACCUUCCCCAACCUCAUCCUCAAGGAACUGUACGAGCAAAGAUUUCCCGACGCUCCGCCCAUUACGGAAUCAUCCUGGAUGGUUGCCAACAUGCCCGCCAUGGUCAUCUGCCUCAUGCUUGCCUGGUGCUGCAGUAACCGGCGCCUAAAAAGCAUCAGUCGUGAUCAACAGGCAGAGUUGCAAGUGGCUGAAGAUAAAGCCCACCGAGAAAUUGAGCGCCGAUCUAAAGAGCUGGGGGCGAUCACGUGAGUGACUUGUGAAGAGACGGCCUUACUCAUUGCGCUUAUUUUAUGUCCCCUUUCGUCGAGGACUCAGCUUCUUUUUUAGGCUCCUGGAACCCAUACAUUGAAGGGAAGAAGCUAAGCAUAAUAAAAAGCAGAAAAGCAAGCAUGAAAUACCCUCGCACGUCCCUGUUUAAUCGGUUCUGUACGCGAUGUGGCGAUUUCAUGUUUUAUUUCUAUAUGGCUUGCGUGCGCUUUUGAAUUUUCUAGAUACUCUAUCACGCAGAUCGUAAGGACAAAAAAAAAAAAAGGAAAACAAUGCCACAGCAACUGAGAAGAGAGGAAGCUUUUAAAACGGGUAAAUCGCUGUUCAAGUUUAGCUUGAGAGAAGAAGCGUUCGAACGACACAGGCCAAUAUUACUGAAUCCGUAGGCGCGUCGCGUAUAGCCGCCAACCUCUGAAAAACAUUUUCUUGUUUACGGACUUUACCGGGAGCAGAAUUAUGGCGACGCUUACAGAGUUACGUUAGUUACAAAACUAAAAAAAGAAACAUGUUUACUCAUUUGAAAACACCAGUUUAAAUACAUAUUUAGCCGUACAGCGAAUCUCACGAUGCUUACAAAGUUACUUCAGUUGGCACGCAAU